AUGAGUCAAGAUAUUCACCCCAGUGCUUUAACAAUUCAAGCUGUUCUGUGGAUACUCUGCGUUUCCAAGAAAACAUCACGUAGGGACCAUUUGCCUCUGAGACGGGCACUCACCGGUGUUACCACGGAGCUCGCGGCGGUAUUUGAACAGAAGCAGACUCUGGGGAAGAGACAGCUCUGUCUGCUCAUGAUCAGAGACAGGGGAUGCUGAGCUGAUACUAGUGCACUGGACUCAACGCCACACCGGGACGUAACUUCCUGCUGUAAUGUCGCAGUGGACAGAUUAAUGCGGUUUGGAAUGAUAUGGAGGAUUUCAGAACAUAAUAUUUUAUGAGAAAUGCUACAGGAGAAGGCCUCAGCUGUGGCUGAUGAAGGUAUGACCGUGGCCCAGUCGGGUGGGCGUCCUGAGCUUGCCAGUGAUUCCUCGCAUUUGGGCCUGCCUACAACUCCCAGCAUUCCCCAGUACAAUGAGCCUGACCAGAACAUUGAAAACAUCAAAGUGGUUCUUCAUGACAGGGAACUAUGGAAGAAGUUUCACGAGGCCGGAACCGAGAUGAUCAUCACCAAAGCAGGCAGGCGAAUGUUUCCAAGCUACAAAGUUAAAGUCACAGGAAUGAAUCCCAAGACCAAAUACAUCCUUUUAACUGACAUUGUUCCAGCUGAUGACCAUCGGUAUAAGUUCUGUGACAACAAGUGGAUGGUGGCAGGAAAAGCAGAGCCUGCCAUGCCUGGAAGACUCUACGUCCACCCAGACUCUCCUGCAACAGGGGCCCAUUGGAUGAGACAGCUGGUCUCCUUUCAAAAGCUGAAGCUCACAAACAACCACCUUGAUCCAUUCGGGCAUAUCAUCUUGAACUCAAUGCACAAAUACCAGCCCAGGUUACACAUUGUGAAGGCUGAUGAGAACAAUGCCUUUGGCUCCAAGAACACGGCCUACUGCACUCACGUCUUCCAUGAGACAGCUUUCAUCUCUGUGACAUCCUAUCAGAACCAUAAGAUCACCCAGUUAAAAAUUGAGAACAAUCCUUUUGCCAAAGGUUUCCGUGGCAGCGAUGAGGGUGAUUUGCGUGUGUCUAGAUUUCAAGGGAAAGAUUACCCUGUGAUUUCUAAAAACAUGGUCCGGCAGCGGCUUAUCUCAUCACACGGCCAUCUGUCAGGAAAACUGGGUGCAGGUGUGGUGAGCAGCCACCCGCAGGGGGUUUCACACUAUCAGUAUGACAGUGGCGUCUCUCACUCAGAUUCCCAGGAAGCUCUCUCUAACUCCUUCCCAUCUAGACGGGAAUCCAGCCUUCUUUACCACUGCUUCAAGCACAGAGACAACACAAGGCAUUUGGAACUGGGAUGCAAACGACCCUAUCUUGAAUCAGCAUCUGCAGUUACAGAUGAGCACUAUUUCCGCUCCGCUCCAUCCUACGAUCCACCCCUGCUGUCCCACCCAUACUGCAGCGAGGCGUUGGGCUCUAGAGAGACAUGUAUGUAUGGAGGAAUGGAGGGAGAGGCAGGUGGCACAGUGGGUGCCGAUGAUCUCCCGGCCCCCUCCUUGAACUGCAAUAUGUGGGCGUCAGUGCAGCCGUAUCCUCGUUACAGCAUGCAAACUGUGGAGGCUAUGUCUUACCAGCCCUUUCCUGCCCACUUCAACAGCACAGUCUCCGUUCCCUCUGUGGUUCCCCACCACUCACCGUCCAUGCAGCAUCCACAUCCAGCACCUCCCGACCUAGUCACAUUUACCACACAGCGGGUGUUGCCACCAACACCAUCUUCAGCUUCUUCCUCCCCCUCUGUCCCUGCCCCCUGUGAUACAGCACAUUCCUCGCUGUUUCAUAGGAAGCCGGGAUCGCCGUUACGUUCACAAAGGGAUUUCGCUGGUUAUCUGACCCACAGCCCCACUUCAACACGAGAACCAACCUAUCAAUACCAAACGGGGCUCUGCAGUGUUGGGCCACACUGGACUGACAGUUAAAGAGUGGCCCACAGCACCAUCUUCAACUGUAUUCCUCUUCAGCUAAGAGCAACAAACUCUCUCUGAACAACAACUGCAAUGAGAUUAUUUUUACGUAGAACAAUGAUACGAAAUUGUAAAGCAAAACCCAUAAAUCUAUUUAGCCUAAUAGUAUUGGAAGCCCACAAUUUGUGGCACUGUGUAUUUAUUUAAAUUUAAGAUAUGACUAGAGUUGCAGUUCAUGUGCGGGUAGUGAAGCCAAGCACAAACACGUACCUAAUGCACUAUUGUUAGAAUUAAAGGGAUAGCACAGUCAAAAAUAAAAAAAAUAUUAUUUGAGGAUGAAAGUUGAUCAUAAAAGUUUGCAAUGCCAUGAGGGCAAGCAAACAAUGACAAAAUGUCAUUUUUGGGUGAACUGUCCUUUUAAGUUGAACCUUUUCAGUGCUGACUUUUUGUAUGAAGCACAAAAUGUGUGUGUGCCAAUUGAAAUUGUGCUCUGUCUGGAUUAUAUUGAGAAGUUUAGUUGUUAGUUAACCUAAACAGCAGCCAUCUUCCUCUUCAAAUGUUAGUGUGUCAAACCCGUGCCAAGCCCAAGAUGGGUUGGAGUUAUUUUCUGGGUGUUAAGAGAUCCUUAUUAUUUCCUAUUAACGCAAUAAAGUUUUAAACAAAAAGUUUUUAUAUUACAUUUAAAUGGAAUUGCUAAUGUACUGAUGCUAUGCAAUUGCUAAUACAUCUUUGUAAUGCAAUCACAACAAUGAAGCUAUUAUAUAUUAAAACACUUGAACCUCUACCAUAAUCAAAUAAUCAAAUGAUAUUUGUGACAAAAAACAAACAAACAAACAAACAAACUAGACUUACAUCUUAGAUUAAAGUGGGCUUGGAUUGGCUCCGAUUCUUUCCCUCCAUUUCUGUUGGACGGUGUCUGUAAAUGGAGUGUUGGGCAAGCUGAACAAUAUGUGUUAGAAGAGAAAUGUUUGACUUGUGAGUCUGGCACCAAAUCAUUGUCCAAAUUUGUUCAAUCAGUGCAAUGUGACAUCAGAGAAUUCCUUGCAACCAGAUGGAAGCUUUAAAAGUGAUCAUUAAGAGAGGAAUAAAGAAGAACAGAGAACUCAUCUGAAGUCCAAAACUCAACUGGCUGGGUUGGAAAAUCCUUAAGAGGUCAACAAUGUAAAACAGACUCAAAGAGAAUGUGGUAUCACUGGUAAGCACUGCGGUUCUAAUUAACGAAAACAGGAUGUGUUAAGGGUAGCAUAGUGGUGAAUGUACUCGCACUACAUCAUUAAAUUGGGAAAACCGACAAAAAGACAGUUAAUUCAGCAUGCGACUAAUUAUAUGCAUAGGUAUUUCAGAUUUUUCCACACGUUGAAUAAACUGUACCUUUUUCUUAAUUUCCCAUGAUGAGUUCAUUGUGUAGCAUUGUUUCCAAGGCCUUCUUUUUGAACGGACUGCGGAAGGCAAAUUUAGGAUAGUUAAUUAACAUAACCAAGAAAUAUGAAAUAAUGAUCUAUAGAAAACACUCAAAUUUCAACCCUGAAUGUAGUAGAUGCUAAAAAUGUGAUAUGUAAAAUUGUGGU